UCCUUGUCAAGAUCAUGCACACGAGUGAUGAUGGCAAACUAUGGUUGGAAAGAAGUAAAACCUAUACAUGCAGUACACCUGAACUUUGAAAAACACAACCUGGAACUGAAGACAAACUCUGGAAUAGGAAGCAAUCACAAGAUACGGAUGGUGUUCCAAAACCAUGAAAGGAAAGAAUCUGGUGGCGUGUUCAUCAAGUUGAGUAACCCUCCACAAUACAUGUUAGGCUGGUGCUCUCAAUGGAAACUCUUCUCUGAAAAGCUUCCUGCCGAUCAGAACAAGCUCUGGAAGAUUUCCAAAGACAAGGAAACAGUGGUUGUAACAUGUAACGAGGUGGAAGUUAUCAACUUCUCUCCCUCGGAUAUAACUUGUGAUAGAUGGCCUCAUUGGAGGUAUUACUGGGAGAGGGUAACGGAUAAGGUGAAGUUCACUAAAAGGCUCGACAAAGCGUCCGACUCAUAUAGGAUCCAACUGCCAACUUCUAACUGGGCACUAAUACCGAGAAAAAGAAAGUUUAAUCUCAACCUGCAACGUGAGCCUCUGGACAUCAGCACCAAAUCUGCGUUAGGAAGCAAUGACCAAAUUAGUUUAUUGUUCUACAAUAAGGAUGGAAACAUUGCUGGAGGAUUGAAAAUAAAACUUUCAACUAAACCGAAAUUUGCUCUCCCCUAUUGUCGCUCGUGGACAAAUUUCCACUGGACGGAUGCCAAAAAACUUCGAAACAUGGAGUUGGAAAAGGUGUGGAAAGUGGAAAGGGUCACCACUGGGGUAAGGAUCCUUGCAAAUGGUGAGCAAGUCUUAAACUUCACAGUUUCCGACACAUCCUGCACCGGAAGACGUGAGAAGACUUGGGAAACUUACUGGGGCCGGCAGAUAGACAAAGUCUUAUUCGUAGACAAAGAAGACAAGGCAUCUAAAUCAUGCAGAGUCGAAGAACCGAUCCCAACAGAAGCCCCAAAACAAAAACGAUACACUGCGACCAUGGCAAAAGGACACAACUGGUACGGCACAAUGGGUCCUCAGACUGAGGCUCCAACCAAACACACCUCAAAAAGGGACGACUGCUGGAACAAGGGAGUGGUACCAAGCUACCAAACUACCAAACUUCUCAGAACCGAGUGGAAGGAUGAGGAAGAUUGUGAAAGAUUGUGUACGGAGACCGCCGGCUGCCACGCUGCCUUCAAGAACCAGUACUCUAGAAGAUCUGAGGCACAUUGUGAGCUGUUCGGGGUGUACGAUCUAUACCGACCACGUGGCUUGUAUUAUGAUGGUAGGGGCUGGGAGAUGCUUGCGGAGAGGAAGUGCUUUGAUCCGGAUCACUAUCAGUCCCACAACGAGACCAGUCCUUGUGGGAGUUUCAGCUGGGAGUGCAGUGACAGAUGUAUUGAAGUGAGUUGGAGAUGUGACGGGGAGAGGGACUGUGAGGGAGGGGAGGACGAGGAAGACUGUGACUCUUACUUUGGUCCGAUCUGUGGACCUGGUCUCUGGAAAUGUCCUGACUUUCAUCUGUGCCCGACGGUUAUUGAUCUCUAUGAAGAUGCAAGAUGUAACCGGUGCAUCAGCGAGGAUUCUAUGUGUAAUGGAUACAAUAACUGUUACUUUGGAGAGGAUGAACGGGAGGAGAACUGCCCUGCCGGCAUAAAACUACAACAAUAACCAUAUCUGGAGAAGAACUGCCCUGCCUAACAGUUAAACUACAACAAUUACCAUCUCUGGACAAUUUUCCAA